CGCGUAUACAUCAGCGGAUCCAUCGACGGCCACGACUCGCACGAAGCGAUGACACCAUUGGUUGUGUUACUCCACGGCGGCGGCUAUAGUGGCCUCACGUUCGGCCCCUUCGCGCAGGAGAUCCAAGAGCUGUGCGAUUGUAAUCUCAUUGCCAUUGACUGCAGAGGACACGGAAACACUGUCACCGACAACGACGAGGACCUCAGCGUCCAGACGCUCACCAACGAUGUGUUUAAUGUGAUCACUAGUCUGUACCCAAUCGACGCCAUCCCUCCACUCGUGCUGAUGGGCCACAGUAUGGGCGGCGCCAUAGCUGUCCACUGCUGUGCGACACUCCAUGAGCUGAUGCCCCGGAUUGUGGGCCUCAUUGUGGUGGAUGUGGUGGAGGGCACGGCUUUGGACGCCUUGCACUCCAUGCAGUCGUUCCUCCGGAGCCGUCCCUCCAGUUUCCCCACUCUUGAGAACGCCAUCGAGUGGUGUGUCCGCAGCGGUCAGACCCGCAACGUAGAGGCCGCCCGACUCUCAAUGCCCGGUCAGCUCAAGAACAUUAGGACCAACUUAACGGCCACUUCGGAGCUCGAGUCGGACGACUCGCACGCAGAGAGCGCUCAAAAGGCGGCUCAAGAGUCGGCCCAAACGCACGGCUUCGCUAUCAAUCAAAGUCUGCGUGAAGUGGACGAAGAAGAGGACGAUAUGGACGAAGAGGGGAACGGGUCGUCGCCGGUGUUCAAGAAACCGGACGCCAAUGGCUACACGUGGCGCACGAAUCUGUUCCGAUCGGAGCCCUAUUGGAACCAAUGGUUCGCAGACCUGUCCAAUCAGUUCCUGGAGUGCGGAGCGGACGCCAAGCUGUUGCUGUUGGCGGGC